AUGCCAGACCACGAGGAUUUCGUCGAUGCGCAGGAACCAUUGCAAAUCCCUGAUCCGAGUGCCGUUAACUCGGUAUUUGCCAAAAUGCCCUUCCCUCAACUAAAUUCCAUUACCAACAUCGAAAUGUUUUUCACCAAACUGGAGAGCUGGUUUUUGCUGCAAGGCCUUGGCGCACGCAAAGAACAAGAGAAAUAUGCGGCAGUAAUCGCGUACGCCGAUCCCAAAUACCUCGAUCAAGUGCACGAUCUUGUCAAUAACCCACCACAAACGAAUCCGUACUCCACACUUAAACAAGCAAUUUUGUCUAAAUUUGCCGAAUCAGAGAUGGUGCGCCUCGACAGGCUUGCGACAGGAAUUCAACUCGGCGACGGUCGUCCAAGCCAUCUACUCAGCCAAUUUCAGCAAACAAACGCCACCAAUGACGAAUCGGUUGUGCGUCGCUACUGGAUCAAGCGCCUACCACCACCUGCACGUGCUGUAAUCGUAGGCCUACUUGAAAGCUCUCCCAACACCACCCUCGCACAGCUCGCAACUGCCGCCGACGCUGUGAUGGAUUCUCUCAACUACGACACUUCAGACCACAUGUGUGCGGUAUCACAACAAAACGCCCACCAUGCUUCACAGGGGGAUCGCAUCACACAACUAGGUAAACGCCUAGACGACAACGACAAAAUUCUGCAGCAGAUCAACAACAAGCUAAGUCAACUGCUUAGCACCACAAAUCAACAACGCGGUCGGAGUUACAAUCGAUCGCCCAGCAACAACAGCUACCGGAGCAACACACCAUCCAGGGACAACUCUAACCCUCAAUUGUGCUGGUACCACAAUAAAUACGCGGACGGUGCCCAACGCUGCAUCCAACCGUGCUCUUUCCACACCAACAACAGUUCAAAAAACUAA